CCUGUACUGUGGGGGGAGUUGAUCAAACAGGAAACAUGCAACUGUUUUCCAAAAUGUAUGUGUUGUAUCGUCUCAGGCAGGUAUAUGUACUGUACAGUACAGUAUGUGUGUUAUUACAGCCUCGGUGUAACUAACCAGCGCAGUGGAAUACUWGUCAACGAGGCAGAGGGCAUGCUGGGAUUGAUUUAAAGUGAAGGGAACAUGAGACGGUGCUAAAGAGAGACCCCUCACCUCUGCCUCUGCCUGUUACCUAAAAGUAGUCCAGACACAUGGCUGGGCACAGGGUUUUCACUUCCAUCUAAAUGUAYUCUUUAUUGGACAUGGUUGCUUUAGGGAGGUUUAUGCUCAUACAAUAGGUUUUCUCCUGCUCUAUAUCCCUGUUUAACCUCCUCCUAACCCCUUCCUUCCUUUUCCUAUCGCAGCCUAACUCAAAUUGUUCUAAUUCCCCCCUCCCUCCCUCUCUCCAUCCUUCUAACUAUUAAUUCUGCUAAUCUUUCCUUGCUCGGGUCUGCAGGGGACUUUCACUUAUACUCCCUGAGUCAUCUGCGUAGCUGAGCGCAGGAUUAGUAGUGAUUUCCAUGCAGACAGGUUCCCCAUCCCAGGGUUUAAUAUCGCCCACUCACAGCUCGACACUCGGGCCGCUAAAUGAAUUCCACCCCAGCCUGAGGUAUCAGAGAUGCAAAUGCAAAAGGGGAUCGGGAUUGUGUGUGUGUGUGUGUGAGACAGUGAGCGAUUGCAAUUAUGUGAGCUAGCGUUUGAGUGUGUGUGACUGUUUGCAUGAGAGAGAGAGAUGUGUGAUUUGUGAUUGCGGCUAGAGAGACAAUGUGGAUGUGUGUGGGUGUAUGAGAAUGUAUUGGAAGAGAUUGGAAUCUUGUGUAACAGGACAUUUCUACUAUCCCUUUCCACUUUGCCGCGCCUGCAGAGAAAAGCUUUGUUUGCUUUUCAAAUUAAACAUUUGCCAGGUUCUCAGUUAGCAUUCUGUGUGUUGUUAAUUGAUUUUCUCCGAUGCUGCGUACCUUCCUUUUGUCUGACUUUCUGGCGAACGCGCGAGCAGAACUUUUUAAUGAAGGCCCAAGCGUACGAAGGCGUCUCCGGGGAAACAGAGUUCUGCUCCGUGUGUUUUUUUGAGAGCUUUCCGCUGCCUGCAAUCACACAACCAUUUUACUCCACGACAGAGCAAGAGGGAACGCUGGGACGUUAUCAUGGCAGGCAGGCUUGGUGUGUGUGUUUUGUGUCUGGCAGGGCUAUACAACUGACAGAGGCGCGGGCGUUCCAGCUGAAUCCAUUGGCGGUGCUUUUCAGAGAGAGGACAAUUAGCGCAGGUAUGGGUUACUGUAUCCUGGUGGCCCAUGGUCUGGGGAGGUUGUGUUCUGUGGUGGGUCGCUGGGGCACCACGGCGCUGACCGUCUCCACYCUGCUGCUCCUCCUGCUCUUCUCCUGGAAGACCGUUCAGCAGAACGACAUCUGGCUGUCCCGGGAGGCCCUCUUCAGGUCUGGCAUCCAGACGUUGCCUCACAACGCCAAGGUUCACUACAACUAUGCCAACUUCCUGAAAGACAGAGGGCGCCACCAAGAGGCCAUCCACCACUACAAAACUGCUCUCAGGUUGUACCCUCGCCAUGCCAGUGCUAUGAACAACCUGGGUACUCUGACACGCCACCCAGAGGAUGCCGAGCACUACUACAGGACCGCCCUGGACACCAACCCCCAGCACAACAGAGCCCUGUUCAACCUGGGAAACCUGCUCAAGUCCCAAGGGAAGAUGGAAGAGGCAGAGGCUCUGUUGAGAGACUCCAUUCGGUUCGGUCCACACUUCGCUGACGCCUACUCCAGUCUAGCAUCACUUUAUGCAGAGCAGAAGCGGUUUGCGGAGGCCAAUGACGUUUAUCUUCAAGGCAUAGAGAGCUGCCCGGACAGCUCGGACCUGCAUAAUAACUACGGAGUGUUUCUGGUCGAUACCGGAGAAGGCGCUCUGGCGGCAGCCCACUACCAGCAUGCCGUGCGUCUCAAGCCGGCGCACUACGUCGCCAUGGUAAACUUGGGCCGCCUCCUUCGCUCCUCCAGUGAGAACAAGGAGGCGGAGUCUUGGUACAAAAAGGCCCUGCAGGUGACGAGGAAGGUGGACAUCCUGACGCCACUAGGGGCGCUGUACUACAACACAGGACGCUAUGAGGAGGCUCUGCAGGUGUACCGCGAGGCGGCUACGCUACAGCCAGAUAGCACCGAUAUCUGGCUGGCUCUGGCACAAGUGUUAGCCAUGGCAGGCCGCUCUAAAGAGGCAGAGAAGAUGACUCUGGGCAUCAUAUCGAAGCAGGGGAGCUGCAUCGAGUGUUACCGCCUACUGUCUGCCAUCUACAGCAAACGAGGCAACAACACAGAGGCUCUGGAUGCUCUAGACAAGGCACUACUGCAAAACCCCUUAGACAUGUCUGUCAGGGCAGAGCUUCACUUCUCCAAGGGCAACCAGCUCAGAGAGAUGAACCAGCUGGACAGAGCCUUCGAGAGCUACAAGCUGGUAGUGGAACUAAAACCUGACCAAUCGCAGGCUUGGAUGAACAUGGGAGGAAUUCAACAUAUCAAGGGAGACUAUGCAGCAGCCAGGCAGUACUACCAGAGGGCCCUGAUCCUAACCCCUGGCUCCAAGCUGCUGAAGGAGAACCUGGCCAAGCUGGACCGGCUGGAGAGGAGGCUGACCGGGGCCUAGACUAACCCAGACACAGCACUAUUCUGGGCAUGAGUUGGGGACCAAGGACCCUGGAUGCCCCAACAGUACGGUUAAAAAAAUACCUUCUUAAGUCAACCUACCUGGUUGAUGAUGUGAGAUUAUGGUGAACAUGACAGGGUUGCAGGGUAUGGAAGCAGACUGGGGGUGAUGGAGCUUCCAGGGGAGCAUGAGGCUGGUUAAGCCUGUGAUUGGAGUCACAUUCUGGGGGAAGCAGAUGGAGAGAGGACCCUAAGGAGUGGAGAUGGAGAUUCAGCCAGCAGCACUUCAAAUUGGAGCGGACUGGAUCAGCUCUCUUUAAGACAGUACCGCGAGCUCCACACAUCGCCCAGCCUGAAAACGCUUCAAACAAACUGAUCUGCUUUUGAAAAUGUUUUGUUUAGUUUGAUUUGUGUUUGUAUUUAAUUUCAUGUUAAAUCCUGUUUUUAGUCACUAAAUCUGUGAUCACUUCCCUCAUCUCUGCUGAUGAGCAAAACCAUAAGUAAACCCAUGUUGAGAUUUUGAAAUGUACUGGGUGUCAUGUUCACUGUAAAUGCUCCAACAAUAUCAUUCUAGCUGGAAGACAAAUUGCAUUUUGCCAACAUGAAGGACAGUUUGCUGAAGUCACUGUAUAUCCGUGCUUAGGGUUGGGCUUGCCUUGACUCAAAUGUGGUCCCUGCAACCCCUCAGCCUGAGCUUGGGAUACAUAAGCCCUGUUAUAAGACAAGGUAUCGGUGUGCUCCGUGAACACAUUGACAACAUGUGCUUUUAACCUCAAGCUAUGGCAGAGCCUCUGAGAAGCAAGCAACGUCUGCUCAACGUAGCCUUCCGCAAGUACAAGUAAGCUAGUGUCUAUAGACUCCUCCUAAGGCCUAACACUGACCCUCUGAUCCGCUCAACAUUUCUGAAGCUGUGUAUUAUUUGUUGCUGUUGAUGUUGCUAUGAUGAUCGCGAAUGAAUGUUUGAUGUGGAAUGUACAACAGGAUAAAGACGAACUGACUAGUGCAAUGACUGAGAUUGAUUUGCACCAUACAAAUAAAUGUAUGUUUUUUUAACUGGU